CUGAAUUUAGUCGGCUGGCGAAGUUUUUGGACCCCAACGGUCAGCAUCUACCCUCCAUCAGGCCUCCUAGUUUCUCUGGUGCACUGUGCAGUAUUAUCGCAAGUUCCGGCGGCCCAUGAUGGAUUCGACAGAGGCUGACUUGCAUGACGACCGCACGGGUCGUCGAGCUUGGUGUGCUUUUCGCCCGUGCUGAUCUGGCUCGCCCCCCACCCUUCCUCAAUCCUUCAGCUGUCACGACGAUGUCCGACGAAAGGGAAAUGGUCUUUAAAGAUCCAAGAGCCCUUACCUCCAGACCGUACGGUCUGCUGCUCUGCUGAGCAACCCGUUCCAGUGUUCUGGCCAUGGAUUAUUACAACACGCCAGCCGCCGCCCCGCCGCCCGGGGUGGUCCCCAACUUCGUCAACCCGCCAUCCCAGCGGACGACGAUCAUCGUGCUGCAGUCGAUUUUCCUGUUUCUGGCGCUACUGGCGGUGUCCGCCCGCGUCUGGGUGCGGACAAGUAUCAUCAAAUUCUGGGGCGCCGAAGACACAACCUGCAUCCUUGCGGCAUGCGGCUCGAUCGCGCACAUGACGCUCUACACGCAGAAGAAAAAACAAAGCCCCCCGAAAAAUCUAAUAAAAAACCCACAGGUCCUCGACGCAGGCGGCAUCACCUUCCCAUGGACGGUCUGCUUCGCCAAGAUCUCGAUUCUGUUGCUGUAUAAGCGCGUGUUCCCGCUGCACCGCGAGAUCGUCGCCGUCUGGAUCGGCAUCGUCGCCGACGCGGUGCUCUACACGUUCUGCAUUGCCGUCGCCAUCGGCAGCCUGGUGCAGUGCGCGGAGCUGUCGCAGCUGGAGGCCCCUUACUGCAAGUUCACCUCCGGGACGAUGAUCACGAUCCAGUCGGUGAUCAACGUGGUGACGGACUUCUACGUGCUGCUGCUGCCCAUCCCGCGGCUGCUGAAGCUGCAGGUCAGUCGGCGGCGGCGGAUCGGGCUGCUGGUGACGUUUAUGAGUGGGCUUGGAGCCUGCGCGGCUAGUCUGGCGCGGCUGGUGAAUUUCCAGCUGAACGAUAGCUCGGAUGUGUUUUGGACGACGGGGCGGAAUGCUCAGUUUACGAUCGUCGAGAUGAACAUCGCCAUCAUCGUCGCCUGCGCCACCUCCUUCCCCAUGUGCUUCGCGCGUCUCCGCUCCCUCACCUCCUCCUUCUACAACUCGGCCGUCUCCCUGCUCCAGAGCGGCAGCCGGGAGACGCCCAAGGUCAGCGAGACGGGGGACGCCGCGUUGCGGAGCCACCUCCCCGUCCUCGUCACCGGCGGCAACGGCUUCAUCGCCUACCACAUCAUCGCCAAGAUCCUGGAGAGUGAACCGGAGUGCACCAUCCACUCCAUCGACGUGAACACGCAGCGCAACCGCCACGCGGGGGCGAACGUGCACUACCACCAGGGCGACAUGGCGAGCGCGGCGGACGUGCAGCGGAUCAUGGAGCUGGCGCGCCCGACGACCGUCUUCCACACCGCCUCGCCCGAGUUCUCCGACGAGCCCGAGUCCGCCUACCGGGGCAUCAUCGUCGACGGCACGCACCACCUCCUCGCCGCCGCCUGGGCGGUGGGCACCGUGCGCGCCCUCGUCAACACCUCGACCUCGGGCGUCAUCAACGACAACCACACCGACCUGGUCGACGCCACCGAGGAGCUGCCCAUCCUGCGCCCGCCCGUCCAGCAGCGGCUCUACUGCAUCGCCAAAGCGGACGCCGAGGACGCCAUCCAGGCCGCCAACCGCACCUCCGCCGCCGGGGCCGGGGCCGACGACCGCGGCAUCCUGACGUGCGCCAUCCGCCCCGCCCUCGCCUUCGGCGAACGCGACCUCGGCACCCUCGGCAAGAUGUACGCCGUCGCCCGCCAGGGCAAGCUGCGCUUCCAGAUGGGCGACGGCCGCAACCUCUACGACUUCGUCUACGUCGGCAACCUCGCCGACGCCCAUCUCCUCGCCGCCCGGGCACUGCUGGCCGCGUGGGGGAAGCCCGCCCCCGCCGAGAGAAGAGUCGACGGCGAGUGUUUCCACAUCACCAAUGAGGAACCCUGGCUGUUCUGGGAUUUCCAGCGCGAGGUGUCGAGGUUGGUGGGCAGGCCGGUCAGGAAGGAGGAUGUGGUCGUGAUUCCCAAGUGGGUGGGGUUGACGAUCGGGUUCGUGAAUGAGUGGGUCGCUUGGGUGGUCUCCGGGGGGACUAAAAAGGCGAAUAUGACGAGGGAGGGGAUUCGGUUUAGUACGUUGGUCAGGACGUUGAAUGGGAGCAAGGCGAGGAGGGUGUUGGGGUAUUCUCCCAGGAUUGGGGUGCGGGAGGGGUUGGAGAGGAGUGUGAGGUGGUUUGUGGAGAAUGAGGGCGGGGCAGUGGAGGGGGAGAAGGAGGAUUAGAGAGGAGAUUUUGAGAUGUGGUCGGUGUCUUGGUAAGCUUUGCAAGCUUUGCAGAUGAUUGGAUGCAUCUUGGGGAUUUUUUGGUUUUGCACGAUGUUUGCGGUUCGUGGAUUCUACAUAGUACUGUACUAUGUCAUACUGACAGCGAGGAUGACGGGCGGGGUAUGUGGCGAGGAUGAACUCGAUGUGAUUGUGUAACUUACAUAGCGGGUAUGUGAUACAUGAAGUCUGUACUCCAGUCCAGGGCUCUACAGCAUCUGCCGCACCUACGUGCUUGGCUAUGCCAUGAGCCAUAUAGAGUAUCUGUGCAUGCGCUUCGGGAAGGAUCUACCACUCUGACAGGAUUCCGCUCCACCCCUUGCAUGUAUGCACGUGGCCAAGACAAGAAAUCUUUAUGCUUC